CCACUGUAUAUAUUACGCGUCACCGGAAUAGACCAUCGAUAUAUAGACAAAUUUAUAAAACGAUAUAGUGCCUUUUUGAGGUGGUUUUAGUGGCAGUCUCUCUCCAUUUGAUCAUCGUGUGAAAGUAUAGUAGCAGUAUAAAAAAUGUGUAUAGGAAUUUGAACAAACUUUGGGUCUUCUUCGGUCCCCUCUCCAUCUAUGUCGUCCAUUGUCUCUCUGCAAUAAACUUGUCCCUUUCUCCCUUUUUCUCUCUCUACAUUCUUUCUCACCCUACAGCGGCACCGCGUAUAUGUCUUUUCGCAUAGAUUCUGGACGCGUGCGACGACUUCACUCCUUCAAAAAUUCUCCGAACCAGAGUGCUCUCUCUCGAGCCUCUCCUCUCCUCAUCAUCAUUAAUCAGUCCUCACAUUGCCAAAGUUUUUUCAAUUUGAAUUUCAAGUUUUGGAAUCAAUGAGAGGAUUCGCGAGGCAUGAGCGCCGGUGGGCGUCAGACUCCGUUCCAGGCAAACAGGUGAGCGGCGGAUCUUCGCCGGGAACUGAAGCCGGAUCGGCGGCGGAGGAGUUCGUCGAAGUCACGCUAGAUCUUCAAGACGACGACACAAUCGUGCUGCGCAGUGUCGAACCGGCGACGAUCAUCAACGUCGAUCACGAGGUCUUCGCCGGAGGGACGGAGACUCCAGGUUCGGCGUCGACGUCGUUGUCGCGGUCACCGACGAUGCGACGGAGUUCGUCGAAUCGUCUCCUUCAGUUCUCUCAGGAACUGAAAGCAGAGGCGGUGGCGAAAGCGAGGCAUUUCUCUCAAGAGUUGAAGGCUGAGCUGAAGAGGUUUUCGUGGAGUCACGGACAUUCGUCGCGUUCGCCGUCGUCUUCCUCAUUUGCGUUUCCCAACGGUGUUGUCCGAGGGAGUGGUGCUUUGGACUCUGCUUUGGCCGCUCGAGCACUCCGUCAACGGCAAGCUCAGCUCGAUCGGACUCGUUCCGGUGCUCAGAAAGCUCUUCAAGGCCUCAGAUUCAUUAGCAAUUGUAAAACGAACCGUGUCGAUGCCUGGAACGAAGUUCAGAACAAUUUCUACAAACUUGCCAAAGACGGCCUUCUCUAUCGUUCCGAUUUCGGACAAUGCAUAGGAAUGAAAGAUUCGAAAGAAUUUGCAUUGGAAUUGUUUGAUGCUCUGAGUAGACAGCGGAGAUUGAAGGUUGACAAGAUCAGUAGAGAUGAACUUUAUGAGUUUUGGUCUCAAAUUACCGAUCAGAGCUUCGAUUCUCGACUGCAGAUAUUCUUCGACAUGGUUGACAAGAAUGAGGAUGGCAGGAUCACGGAAGAGGAAGUUAAAGAGAUCAUAAUGCUAAGUGCUGCUGCCAAUAAGUUAUCAAGAUUGAAGGAACAGGCGGAGGAGUACGCAGCUCUGAUCAUGGAAGAGUUAGAUCCUGAAAGGCUUGGCUACAUUGAGCUAUGGCAGCUAGAGACACUACUGUUACAGAAAGACACCUACCUAAACUACAGUCAAGCGCUGAGCUACACGAGCCAAGCCUUGAGCCAAAACCUACAGGGGCUGAGAAGGAGAAGCCCGAUACGAAGGAUGAGCACACAACUCAUGUACUACCUAGAAGAGAACUGGAGGAGAAUUUGGGUUCUGUGCUUGUGGGUUAUGAUAAUGGUUGGGUUGUUCACGUGGAAGUUCUUUCAGUACAAGCAGAAGAAUGCAUUCCAAAUCAUGGGUUAUUGCCUGCUAACGGCUAAAGGCGCAGCUGAGACUCUGAAAUUCAACAUGGCUCUCAUCUUAUUGCCUGUUUGCAGGAACAUCAUUACCUGGCUGAGGUCCACCAAGUUGGGUUAUUUUGUGCCCUUUGAUGAUAACAUCAACUUUCACAAGACAAUUGCUGCUGCAAUAGUAAUUGGUGUCAUACUCCAUGCUGGGAACCACCUGGCUUGUGAUUUUCCAAGGCUUAUAAAUGAGUCUGAAAAAGACUACGAGACUUACUUUGGUGAAGAUUUUGGCUCUCAUAAACCCACGUACACGGACCUGGUUCAAGGGGUUGAGGGUGUGACUGGAAUUUUAAUGGUGAUCUUGAUGACAGUUGCUUUCACACUUGCAACGCGCUGGUUCAGGAGGAGCCUUAUUAAGCUGCCCAAGCCCCUUGAUAGGCUCACUGGCUUCAAUGCUUUUUGGUAUUCACACCACUUGUUUGUCAUUGUCUAUAUCUUGCUCGUCAUCCAUGGAAUGUUUCUCUAUCUCGUGCACGAAUGGUACUUAAAGACGACGUGGAUGUUUCUUGCUGUUCCUGUUCUCCUAUAUGCAGGGGAGAGAACCCUGAGAUUCUUUCGUUCUGGCCUUUACACUGUCCGGCUUCUAAAGGUUGCUAUCUAUCAUGGAAAUGUUCUCACACUGCAAAUGUCGAAGCCUCCCCAAUUUCGGUACAAGAGUGGGCAGUACAUGUUUGUCCAGUGCCCUGCUGUUUCUCCAUUUGAAUGGCAUCCAUUUUCCAUUACCUCAGCCCCUGGUGAUGACUACCUUAGCAUUCACAUCCGGCAGCUAGGCGACUGGACUCAAGAGCUUAAGAGGGUAUUCUCAGAGGCCUGUGAAGCUCCAGUUGCUGGGAAAAGUGGGCUUCUCAGGGCUGAUGAAACAACCAAAAAGAGUUUGCCAAAGCUCUUAAUAGAUGGACCUUAUGGAGCUCCAGCACAAGAUUACCGGAAAUAUGAUGUCCUUCUACUUGUUGGUCUUGGGAUUGGAGCAACACCUUUUAUCAGUAUACUGAAAGAUUUGCUCAACAACAUCCUCAAAAUGGAGGAGCUGGCAGAUUCGAUAUCAGAUUUAAGCAACCAGGGUGCGGGGACUACUGAUUCACCCUCUGCCAACAAGACCUCUCCACGAAAGAAAACACUGAAGACCACCAACGCAUACUUCUAUUGGGUAACCAGGGAACAAGGCUCAUUUGAUUGGUUCAAAGGGGUUAUGAAUGAAGUUGCUGAACUUGAUCAAAGGGGUGUUAUUGAAAUGCACAACUAUUUGACCAGUGUUUACGAAGAAGGGGAUGCCAGAUCGGCCCUCAUCACCAUGGUCCAAGCACUAAACCAUGCCAAGAACGGGGUUGAUAUUGUGUCUGGCACUAGGGUGCGAACACAUUUUGCAAGGCCUAAUUGGAAGAAGGUUUUCUCUAAAACGUGUACCAAGCACGCUAAUGCAAGGAUAGGAGUUUUUUACUGCGGGGCACCGGUUUUGGCAAAAGAACUCGGCAAACUCUGCUAUGAGUUUAAUCAGAAAGGUUCCACCAAGUUUGAAUUCCAUAAGGAGCAUUUUUGAAGGACUCAGAGACACACAUACACACACACAUAUAUAUACACCUACUACAGAUGCAUUUUACUGCAGAAAACCAUUGAGUCACACUCAGCCCCAACACCUUCAUUUGUUUACAUGAUCAGAAUUUAGUGUAAUGCAGCAAACAUAUAUUUUUUUCAUGAAAAAAAAAAAAAAAACAAAAAAGGCAAAAGAGCAGGAGGCAUUGUACAUAGGACAAAGGAAAGGGUAAAAUGUAAGUACACAAAUAGUACAUUUUUGUUGUAGUACCAAAGAAAUGGUUCUGGUUAGUGAGAUGGGGUUGGACAUGAAAGGCAAGUAAGAAGAGGUAGCAGUGGGACCCAAGUGCGUUACAGCUAAACGAGGUUGACCUAGCUGAUUGAUGCUGAUGUGGUCAAGUAUGAUUGUUCACUGGUGGGGUAGGUCUUAGUGGGACUCUGCAGUUGGUGUAGACAGACACCUUGUUUGAUCCAACUCUUCCAAGUUUUUUUUGAAGUGGGCCCAGAGAAGACUUCUAGAAUAACGACCAUUUUUAUCUUUAUUUUACCACUACUAUGUAAAUGAAAUUCAUACUCCAAUAUUAUUUUCUUUUCCACUUCAAUUUAGUCAUAUAUAUAUAUGAUAUAUGUAAGGAAUAUUGGUAAUUAUCUUAUACAAGGUUUUGAGCAUAAUUCCCUG